GUUUGCCUACAGGUAUCCAUUACUAUAAAGACCCAUCACUGGAGGAUUGCCCAAUAGCGUGCGUUUCAGAUCUACCACUAAUUUUGCCCUGAUUCACCGCCUCCGAGGGGCGGAGAUUACUCCUAGUAGGUAUUUUAUUCCCCUUUCCCCCUCCAAAAGGUUGGAUCAAUAAGUACAAUACCCCUCUUUGGAUCUCUAUUUUAUGAGCGUCAUACUUUAGUUAGUCACAAUGAGCACAACUACUACAACUACCGAACCGCCCAGAAUCACGGCAGAGAAUGUCGCCACUCUCUUCCCAGAGGUUGAUACUUCUUUGGCUCGUGAAGUCCUCCCAAAAGCCGAUGGCAAUCCCUCCGCAGCGAGCAGCACUGAGCUGGCGGGUUACGACGAGGAACAGGUCCGUCUAAUGGAUGAAGUAUGCAUCGUUCUGGAUGAUGACGACAAGCCUAUUGGAAGUGCUAGCAAGAAGACCUGCCACCUUAUGACCAACAUCGACCGGGGCCUUCUCCACCGUGCCUUUUCCGUGUUCCUCUUCGAUUCCAACAAGCGCUUGCUCCUCCAACAGCGCGCCAGUGAGAAGAUCACAUUCCCGGAUAUGUGGACAAACACAUGCUGCUCUCACCCCCUUGGAAUUGCUGGUGAGACCGGUUCUGAGCUGAAUGCCGCUAUUCUGGGCGUGAAGCGGGCUGCGCAGCGGAAGUUGGAACAUGAGCUUGGAAUUAAGCCGGAGCAAGUACCCCUGGAUAAGUUCGAGUUCUUCACGAGAAUACAUUACAAGGCUCCUAGCGAUGGGAAGUGGGGGGAGCAUGAGAUCGACUAUAUCCUCUUCAUCCAGGCAGAUGUAGAGUUGAAGCCUAGCCCGAACGAGGUUCGAGACACGACGUAUGUCUCGGCUGACGAAUUGAAGACAAUGUUUGAGCAGCCGGGAUUGAAAUUCACGCCCUGGUUCAAACUCAUCUGCAAUUCGAUGCUGUUCGAAUGGUGGAGCCACCUCGGCUCUCCAACCCUGGAGAAGUACAAGGGCGAGAAAGAAAUCCGGCGUAUGUGAGAUACGAUUCCACGAAGACCGAUGAUGUGAUGUUAUUCGGUUCUGCCUUGCAACAUAGCGGGUACUUUUCGGCUGUUUCGACCCGUUUCCCUGAGUGAUGAUACCAUGGCAUGGGCCAGUCCAACGUAUGAUUAUUAUUUGGACAGAAGUUAUCUUAUAUUUAUAGUUACCCUAUCGUCAUUUAUUGGGGGUUGAUGACAGAUCCCUUCUCUCUUGUUACAAUUUGGCGUCCCAUUUAAUCAUGACAUGCGACUACGAUAGUGCAUUGUUUAGAAAGCAUACUCUAGGCGGCAUCCUCUUAUUAAGCGAAAAAGCAAUUCCCAUUCUCAUUAA